AUGGUCUCGCUCAAGAUAUUUAGUCUAGUCGCUCUGCUGGUCGGAAGUUCGUUUGCUGCUCCCAACCUUCCUCUUCCGCUUCAAGAGCGCAAAGAUGAAGCGUCCGGAUCCAUUCUGGUCAGGACUCUCGAUGUGCCCGCAGUAGAGCGUGGCGUGAAAUUCAUCCAGAGACGGAUUCCCGAGACGUCCAUCACCGACAUCGAGUCACCUGGCGGCGUGAUGCUCAGGGAUAGUGGUGCAAGAAAGUGGCUGGCAAUGGAGACUGAUCUUACCAUUGAUGAGUCAGCCGUUCCUGGAGGUCAGAACAAGCGGCAACUCCCAGACACCAACCCCACAAUGGCGAACGGUGGUGAUCCUGUGCCCUUUGCGAACGGGGGCGCUAUGAAGGCAAAACGUCCUACCAUCCCAAUCAAUCGGGGCUUUCGCCGGUUCUCACCCUCGCGUGGUCAGUUACAUCAAGGCCACCUACCCGUUCGGAGGUCCCAAGCGAAGGUCGCCGCCAAGAAUUGGGAAAUCCCGUCUGGGGGAAAGACGCGGCUAGUCUGGAUUAUUUUCACUUUGAACUGGGAUCUCCCGGUCCUGGCAUGUACAUACCAAUCCGCCUUGUACUUUCUCCCCCCUGAGUUCACAAUGGCUAUCCGCGAGGGCUCGGCUGCAUCGAUUGUCCCCACACUUGCUUCUAUCAAGGCCCAACGGAAUGGAUCCGCUCCGCACGAGACAGUGAAUGGGCCGAGCAACAACACGAAUGGGACCUUCAAUCAUUGUCUCGUAUUGGCAGCUAAUCGUCUUCGGGAAAAUAAGGGGGGUGUCAUUAUGGACGUCGUCAAUGCCCAGCAAGCUCGUAUUGCGGAAGAAGCAGGCGCUUGUGCCGUGAUGGCAUUGGAGCGUGUCCCAGCGGAUAUUCGGGCUACUGGUGGUGUUGCGCGUAUGUAUUCUGUCAUCCACCAGAGCGACCCUAAGCUCAUAAAGGAAAUCAUCGAAGCUGUCACGAUUCCUGUGAUGGCCAAAGUCCGGAUCGGUCACUUCGUGGAAGCCCAAAUUAUCCAGGCUAUUGGAGCCGACUAUAUCGACGAGUCCGAAGUGCUCACCCCUGCUGACGAAGAGCAUCAUAUCAAUAAGCACGAUUUUCGCAUUCCUUUCGUCUGUGGCGCUACUAGUUUGGGUGAGGCUUUAAGACGCAUUUCCGAGGGAGCAGCAAUGAUUCGCACCAAGGGAGAAGCGGGGACGGGGAAUGUUCUGGAGGCAAGCGCCACUUUAUUACUUUAUCUCACUCCGUACAGAGAGCUUUCCAUAGGCGGUCCGCCACGCGCGUUCCCCUCGCUGUCCCCUGAAGAGCUCUACUCUUAUGCGAAAGAAAUUGGUGCGCCGUACGAGCUACUAAAGGAGACUGCCAGGCUAGGAAGACUACCUGUGGUGAGCUUUGCGGCAGGGGGAGUCGCCACCCCUGCAGACGCCGCCAUGAUGAUGCAAUUGGGAUGUGACGGAGUGUUCGUUGGAUCUGGUAUCUUUUUGUCAGGCGACCCAGCUAAGCGCGCUCGCGCCAUAGUUCAGGCAGUCACCCAUUAUAACGAUCCCAAGGUACUAGCUGAAGUCUCGGAAGACCUUGGAGAGGCUAUGGUAGGGCUUACCAUUGACGACAAUUUGAGAGGUGGACGGUUUGCGGGGCGGUAA